AUGGACCCUGCUAAGUUUGGAAUCUCAACGAUACCUCUCAAUCACACCUAUUAUGGCCCAGUGACGCCGGAAGAACUCGCGGGAAAGAACAGUGGGAAGGUUGCUGUUAUCACGGGGGCUAGCCGAGGGAUAGGCAAAGCGAUCGCAACAAACCUUGCCAACUCUGGUGCACAUGUCGCAAUCCUAGACUUGAGCUCACAGGAUCAGUCAGAGACCAAGGCGGCUUGUGAGCGUUUCAAUGUCAAAGCGCAUGCAUAUGCAUGCGAUGUCACCAACGAGGCUGAAGUGCAAGACACAUUCUCCAAAAUCCAACAAGAUUUAGGACCAGUCGAUAUUCUCGUGAACAAUGCGGGCAAGUUUAUGGGCAGGCCCAUGUCCAUGGCAACAUUCAGCACUUUCUGGAAGACAGUUGAAGUGAACUUCAAAAGCACGAUGCUUUGCAGUUUCCAAGUGUUGCCGAUGAUGCGAGAGCGUAAAUCCGGGUGUAUCAUCAACAUUGCAUCAAGGUCUGCUACCGUCGAUACACCGCUUGGCCUAGGAUACAACGAUGCGAAGGCAGCUGUGGUCCGCGCGACGUCUAAUAUGCAGCUAGAGCUCGACGAUGAUGGGUUAGGGGAACAAAUCCAUACUUAUGCUCUCCACCCAGGCGGUGUCAUGACUGCCAUGGGAGCCGCCGCCCAUGAUCCAGACGUCAUCGCCAAAUAUCCUGAGAUCAAAGCAGCGAGGAAAGAGAUCGAGAAAUUAUUCAAAGAUGGCCCCGAGCUAUGUGGCGCGACCUGUGCCUAUCUUGCCUCAGGGCGUGCCAAGUCUCUUAGAGGAAUGUACUUCGACUGUCGACAGGAUAUCGAAAGGGUGUGUGGUGCAGGUCGAAGCACUCUUCAAGCAAAUAAUCUAUAUACUUUAAAGAUGGAGUUUCUGCAAGGCUAUCACAACGAGCCUUGA